GUAAACAGGAAGUCGAGCAACCAGCUCUGAGACGGAACAGAGGGACCAUUACGACUGUGAAGCAGACACAGUUGUUUCAUUUCAGGCUUUUUCUGCUUGUUUUCAGUCUCUGAAUCCGUCAGUCUUUUCCUAACUUCCUGUUUCUAAUCUUCUCAAAUGGGAGCAUGAGAAGCAGCACAUGCCAACAUUCAGCUUAAACGGACUAACUAGGAGACUCUUAACAAAGAGAUGGAGUUUGCCUGCAGUCAUGUUGUUUGUAACUGGAGGCCUGAGAGUCUAGCUGAAGGUCUUUCCUCCACACUGCCCUGUGGUUUGUCCAGAACAGAUUCUGAACAUCCAUACGACAACCGCAUUGCUGUCAUCCCAACUCCCAUGCCGUCGGUAAUGCCGCCGCCUGUACCUCCUCGUCAAACAACGCAGAAACGCACACGACCCACCUCAAUGCCACCUCCACUACCCCCUCGAGGGCUGGAGGCUAAAGGGCAGACUCGUCUUAAAGCCAAUGUAAACGUGGUAUCACUCAAAGUAGGAAAUCUUGUGGAUAUCAGCAAAGCAUCCAGUAUACAGAGUAGCCAGAAACCAGUGUACUGUGGGAAAUGUAGGGCAGUCAUGUCUUCUAUGAGCAACUCACAAACCAACCCACAUUCAACAACGUGGUGCUGUGAGUUCUGUGGUAAACAGAAUGUUCUCUCUCAGAGUGAAGUUAAAAUGGGCCGCUCUCCUCUGUGCACUCCUCCAGGCAGAGACGUGCUCUAUGUAGAUGAGGAGAUCGAUGCAGACUAUAUGAACCUGGAAGAUAUGCUGGUGGUCUUCUGUGUAGACAUUUCUGGUAGCAUGAGUGUCACCUCAGAGGUGUCUCCUGGUAACAGCAUGAGAUCACCCACAUAUGUAUCACGACUGCAGGGUGUUCAAGAGGCCCUCCAGAUGGCACUGACCUCCCUGCUAAAAUCUUCACCUCACCGUCGAGUAGCACUGGUCACUUUUAAUGACGAGGUGACCAUUUAUGGGGAUGGUACAGGAAUUCCUCUCUCUCUGCGGGACUGGGCUCUAGUGGACUAUGACCAUGUUCGAGAGCAGGGAGAGAAAUAUUCCACACCACACUGCAUUGCAGAGACUCACCAGUGCCUCACACAGAGAAUCAAAGAAUUAAGAGAGCAUGGAGCUACAGCACUGGGCCCUGCUGCACUUGUAUCUGUUGCUAUGGCAUCUCAGUUCACAGGGUCAAAGGUCAUAAUUUGCACAGAUGGUCACGCCAACAUAGGCCUGGGCCAGUUAGAACAGGAAUCUGCCCACUCCCCUGCACCCUCACCUUAUUUCUACAACCAGUUAGCCAGCCAUGCAGCGGAAAAAGGAGUCAUCGUGUCAGUGAUGACAUUUGAAGGAGAAGACUGUCGCCUGGCGGAGGUGGGGAAGCUGGCUGAUCACACAGGAGGCAGGAUCAACAUAGUCAACAUUGGGACAGUUGCUACAGAAAUACAGAGUGCUUUGGCUGACAGUGUUUUGGCAACUAAUGUUGUGGCAACUCUGCUAGCACCGGACGGUGUAUAUUUCCCUUAUGAAGAAGAUAAUCACAAGUUAGAGAGGGAGAUUGGUAAUGUAACAGAUGGGGUGGAGAUCACUUUCCAGUUUGGUGUUAGACCAGACAAAGUGGACAGUUUCCAGAGAAGGGAUAGAGUUCCCUUUCAGCUGCAGCUGUCCUUUAAGACCCGAGACUUGAAGAAAGUGACCAGAGUCAUCACUCAGCAGAAGCGUGUGACCACCAGCAGCUGGGUGUGGGCAGGCAGUCUUAACAUGUCUGUGCUGGGAGUUCACUGUGCUCAGCUAUGUGCCAGACUCACCAUGGAGGGCAGAAUACUGGAAGCUCAGAAUCAACUCAAAGCCCAGCAGGACCUUCUCAAAGACAUCAGUGAACAGAAGCCAAUUGCUAAAGAGGAGAGUAUCUAUGGGAACUGGAUCAGCACUAUGAGUAUGAUCUGUGAGGAUCUCACCACAGACUCACAGCAGAACAGCUCAGACACCACCACUCUUCUAGCCAGCCGAACACCGGUCACAGGUCUGUCAGACGAGGCGGCGAAGGUUGUGUACCAGAUGAAGAGAGCGAAGAGCGUCGGAGAGAAGGGCCGGAAGGCAGCCAUGUUGGACAGUUGAGAAGAAAGUGGCUAUUUUAGCUAAAACAGUAAUAAACCUGUAACGGUGAUCAGAUUCUUGUCAUGCCUGACUUCAUAACUUUCUGUGUAAUCUACAGAUGAUUAUAUAGUCUGAAAUUUGUUUAAAGUAAUUUGUUUUUAUAAAUAAAUUUUAACAUUUCUAACACCUUUUAGGGCCUAUUCUGAGCAAGAAACUCUUUAAGAUUGGCCACAUAGAAGGUUGAUGAUUUGAAGGCAGUGAUACUGACCUCUUUUUGUUAAUCUGUUAUGUACACUUUUUCAUGGAAAAGGGAUCAUUAUUCAUUUAAACACAUUUAAAAUAUAAUUUUAAAAUUAAUAUAAUAGUUUUAACAAAAACAGGUUCUUACUUCAUCAGUACUCUUGUGCCGGUGGUCCAUGUGAGCAGCAUAACAUUCAAAGAUUAUUCCAUUGACAGUACAAGGUUUUUUCAUACCGUGGCAUAGUAAUACAGUUGUUGUGAGGUGGUCAUAGGUGUGCACAUGUUGUGGAUUUUACAACGGCUCAGCCAACCAGAUUUUAGGAGUGGAGCUGUGCAUUUUAUCAUCUAACAGAUAUGCAUCAUCACCAGGCUUUUGUUACAUAAUGUGGUGCAUUUUUACACAUUUUACCCCAAGAUUGCACUAUAGGUCUUAUCUGUGCUGUAUUGUCAGGGAAAAGGUACAUUUUUAUUCAUUAAAGUACAAACUGUAAACGCUCCUUCAGAUGCAAUUUGGAAUCUUCCAAUCUUGGAAUUUUGAAGGUGCACUUCAUUCAAGACUCAGGGUGCAUAUUUAUUGACCUAACAUUUAAAAAAUAUAUAAUAAAAAUCUGAAGUCAAGAUGAUAAUGGAGUCUGUGUGGAGUCAGUGCUCCUUAAAACUCAAACUUCAAUGGAAAAUGGUACAGCUGUGUUCAAACUAAAGGCAAUAAAGACACUUGAGGUUUUCACUCAGAGAGUUUAGUACCUUUUUUUUUUUUUUUAUAACUAAGAGUGCGUUUUUGGGUAGGAGUUUUGCUGGUUUAAACCACGUACAGUGGUCUAUGUUGUGAUUUAUGGCAGCAACACUUGUAUGUGAAUCCUAGAAUGGCACUCGUGCAGUGAGAGCAUAUUACCGUUGAUCUUCCACAGACAUUAUUUUCCCAUUUCACUUGUUUGGUUCACUCUGUCACUGAUUUUGUAGUGAUAAUUUUGUAGCAGUAUUUUUUUAUGUCAUAAAAACUUUUGAUCAACAGUUUUACUGUUCCAUUAACUGUUAAGACGCAUGUACCGAAACUGUUGGUUUUUACCUGUCAAAGAAUGUUUGUUUGAAAAAAAAGUUUGUAAAAAAGUAUGUGCUGCUUUUUGUCUGUUCUAAAUUUAGUAUGAUGAAAAUGCUGAGCAACCUUCCUGUGAAGCAGAAUGUUUGAGACCAACUGAUGUUGAAAGAUCAGUCAACCAUAUGACGCUAACUGAAUGUUUAAAUGAACUGCACACAAAUACAGUUGUACCUGCCAUUCUUCAUAUUUUAAUACACUGAUUAAAUUCAUCCAGACCACCCUCCAUUUAUUACAUUUCCUGUCGAAACAAUCUUAAAGUACAAGUUAUUCAUAUUUCAGCAUAAGGAAAAAAAUCAUAUUUAGCAGAAAAUUAAAGAGAAGCCACAACAACUAAAUAUAAUAUAAAGAUCUUCAGUAUUUAGCAUGUGCACCUUUCACCUUUGUUACAGCUUCUAUUCUUUUCAACUUGCUUUUAGUUUUUCAAAAAAUCCUGAAGCAGUAUUUUUCCAUACCUCUUAGAGGCUGGUUGCAUUGUCUGCUUCUUACAGUCUGAGUAAUCCCAAACACAUUUAGUUAAGUCUGGACUGGGGUGGUCAGUCCGAAAACAAAAGCAGCUUAUUUGUUUGAUUUUCUAUUUUUCUUUCUUUUUGUCCAUUUCUUUUUCUCAGUAAUGGUGUAUUGAGAACUACGCAGCCUUUCAGUGUUGAUGUCUUCUCACAGGGGAAGGAUGAAAAGAAACACUUGUGGAUUUUUUAAAGAUCUGAAGUCAGAGUGGAGCUUGAUUUUCUCCUCUCUCAAAGAUGAAAAUUUUAAGCACUGUUUAUCUCUACUGUUGUCAUCUUUACUGGUGACAUUUUUGUCCUGCACUGUUGUUAGGAGUUUCCUUUUCUGGACAACUUUUCAUCAUUCGUUGAACUCCCGUGUUAGAAACCUUUCCCUUGACAUUCCUCUUUCUCAUGCAAGUGGAUUAAUGACUGUUUUAACUGAAAAUUAAAUAAAAGAGAGUGGUCUCUGGCUUUAA